AUGGGGCGAACGCCUCUACACUGGGCUGUAGUGCGCAAUGAUAUCGCUAAUGUUCGUUAUCUUCUAGAUUGCGGUGCUGAUCCAAACAAAGCUGCCGAGCGCUCAGGGUGGACAUCGAUGCAUCUCGCGGCCCGUGCAAGAGAUCUCGAUCCAGACAUCUUGAGGCUGCUGCUAAUUCACAAUGCAGAUGUCGAUGCGUUACAUUGCCAUCAACAGACGCCACUGUCGAGAGCUGUCAGACAUGGUGCCGAAGCUACAAGACUCCUGAUCGAUGCAGGAGCUCAUGUGAAUCUGCAAUACGAUGGUGACAAAUGGUUUGCUUUGCACUUAGCUGCCUGGAUUGGUCAAACAGGGUCAAUGGAGGUUUUGCUCGAGGCAGGCGCAGACCCAUUGCUCCAGACAAUAUGGGGAGGGAAUAUCAUUGGAAUGAUAACUGACGAGUGGUGGACAUUGUGGGUAGAUCUAGUUGAUGAUCUUUGCGCAUUGGGGUGA